UCUUCUCUUCCUCUCCCAUCUCUUCCCUGACCUCACCCAUCCCUUCGUCUCUUGCUAUCAGAAAACCCUGGGAUUAGGUCGUGGUUUUGGGGCUGGUUACUCUGUGCUUGUAGGUUUUUGGAGGAAUUGCCGGUCGGUUUCGUGGAGGCGGCGGAGCGACGAGCUUUGGUUUCGGUUUGGAACGUGGAGGGGCCGGAUCUUGUGUGGUGGAGUUUUCGGCGGGGCUCCCCGUCUCUGUGAUCGUGGCUCUUGUUGCGUUGGGGGGACUGUGAGUGCCUGUGGGAUUGGAUCCCGUCUCUGUGCGCUUCGGAGCGUCGGCGCGGGACUGCCGGGUUGUGAUCCGGAGCGGGGGCAGGUGGGGCAAAUGCGGAUGAUUUCCAUAGGGCUCCGUUCCUUUUUGGUUUAGAUCUCGUCCGGAGUUUUACGGAGAGUGUGAGGAGAGGAAGGAAGAGGGAUCGGUGGAGGUAAAAAAGAGGAGGAAGAUAAGAAGAGGAAGUAGUUUUGGAUUGUCUCGAUAGGCGAUUCGGGUGCUAAGCUGUAAAAAUGCAGCAAGAUCAGCGAAAGAAGAAUUCACCAGAUUUGGACUUUUUCAGCGAGUAUGGGGAUGCCAAUAGAUACAAAAUUCAGGAGGUUAUAGGCAAAGGUAGCUAUGGGGUGGUCUGUUCAGCAAUUGAUACACAUACUGGAGAGAAGGUGGCGAUCAAGAAGAUACAUGAUAUUUUCGAACACAUCUCCGAUGCUGUCAGAAUCCUUCGUGAGAUCAAGCUUCUUCGUCUUUUAAGACAUCCUGAUAUAGUGGAGAUUAAGCACAUCAUGUUGCCUCCAUCAAGGAAGGAUUUCAAAGAUAUUUAUGUUGUUUUUGAGCUCAUGGAGUCAGAUCUUCACCAAGUCAUCAAGGCAAACGAUGAUCUAACAAGAGAACAUUAUCAGUUUUUUCUUUAUCAGCUGCUUCGUGCACUAAAAUAUAUUCACACAGCUAAUGUGUAUCAUCGUGAUUUAAAGCCAAAAAACAUACUAGCAAAUGCAAACUGCAAGCUAAAAAUUUGUGAUUUUGGACUGGCAAGAGUUGCAUUUAGCGACACGCCCACAACAAUAUUUUGGACGGAUUAUGUUGCAACCAGAUGGUAUAGGGCUCCUGAGUUAUGUGGAUCAUUCUUUUCCAAGUAUACCACUGCUAUCGAUAUUUGGAGCAUUGGUUGCAUUUUUGCUGAGGUAUUGACAGGCAAGCCUCUUUUUCCUGGUAAAAAUGUAGUUCAUCAGUUGGAUUUGAUGACUGAUCUUCUGGGGACACCUUCCUUAGAUACAAUUUCUCGGGUCCGGAAUGAGAAGGCAAGGAAGUACUUGAGCAACAUGAGAAAAAAACUGUCUGUGCCAUUUUCACAGAAGUUCCCAAAUGCAGAUCCUCUGGCAUUGAAACUUCUAGAGAGGCUUUUAGCAUUUGAUCCCAAGGACCGGCCAACAGCUGAAGAGGCAUUGGCUGAUCCAUAUUUCAAAGGCCUUGCCAAGGUAGAGAGAGAACCAUCUUGCCAACCAAUAACAAAGAUGGAAUUUGAGUUUGAGCGCCGAAGGUUGACUAAAGAGGACAUACGGGAACUUAUCUUCCGUGAGAUUUUGGAGUAUCAUCCCCAGUUGCUCAAAGACUACAUGAAUGGAACCCAAAGUGCAAAUUUCCUAUAUCCUAGUGCUGUCGAUCAGUUUAGAAAGCAAUUUGCUUACCUUGAGGAGAAUGGUGGUAAAAGUGGGCCUGUAAUUCCAUUAGACAGGAAGCAUGUUUCUCUUCCUAGGUCCACGGUGGUCCACUCUGCUACUAUCCCCCCAAUGGAACAACCGAACAUGGGUCCUUCAAGAGAUAAGCAAGGCACGGUUGAAGCGUGUAAGAACCCUCGUGACAAUGAAAGGUCAUCUGGAAGCAUCGCAAAAGCUUCACAGGCACAAAGGAUUCCAACUGCUAGACCAGGAAAAGUUGUUGGUCCGGUGGUGCCGUACGAUAUUGGAAGUAUGAAGGAUGCCUAUGAUCCCAGACGAUUCAUCAGGAAUCCUGUUCUUCCACUGCAAUCCGCCAUUCCGCCAUUUUGUUUUCAUGGUCCUGCAGGCAAGUUGGGGAGCUCCAACGGAGACCCCGUGGAGGCAGAAGGCGAAUCUGUACAGCACAAGCCACCCCCCCAUCCAUGCAUACCCAGCAAGAUGGCACCAGACAUAGCCCUUGACAUGAGAGCUUCCCCCUUCAAUGGGAUCGUCGCAGCAGCUACUGCUGGUGGUCACAGAAAAGUCGGCACCAUUCAGUUUGGCAUGACCAGAAUGUAUUAAGCGCUGAGCACCGAUAAACAUGCCAUCUCAGAUGGGCAAGGACGAUGACGCUCACUAACAUUCGCUGCAAAUGCUAAGGGCGGCCAACGACAAGGCAGAAGAGAAAGGAGAAGAUUACUGACGAGGCACGAGGGAAGGAAGACGCAACUUCGUACUCGCAAUGUGCAUUGCUUGCUGUAGAUGAUGAAUACACUUCAAAGGACAAUGUAAGCAUAGCUCUGGUGAAACUGUUCAUCUUCGCCUCCUGUUAGAAAAAUUGUUUCUGAUCCAACUUCAUGUUCUUUUUCCUACGCCUGCCUGUACAUAUUCACGAGUGCUUGCAAAAUCUUACUGAAUGAUGAAUUGAUGCAUGGAUAACGA